CAAUAUCAUCAUCAUCUUCUUCUUCUUUCAACCUGAAAACGAGAGAGCUACACAGAGGAUACAGAAAGGGAGAGGGUUGUAAGGCUUCCUUGCCCGGAAUAUCCUUUCAUUCAUACAACAACAGCAGCAAUAACAUCAAGCUUGUAAGCUGUUUGUUUGGAGGGACAAAGAAAAAAUGGCCAUUUUUCACAGCCCCCAUAUCUUAGCUUUAACAUUUGGCAUUCUCGGUAACAUCCUUUCCAUCUUUGUGUACUUAGCUCCUUUGCCGACGUUUUACAGAAUAUGCCAAAAGAAGUCGACGGAGGGCUUCCAUGCACUGCCAUACCUAGUGGCUCUCUUCAGCUCCGCCCUUUGGCUUUACUAUGCCAUCCUCAAAACCAACACUUUUCUUCUCAUCACCAUCAACUCCUUUGGCUGCGUCCUCGAGUUUCUCUACUUGAUCGUUUUCAUUGCAUUCGCCGCCAAUCCAGUCAGGAUGUUGACCAUCAGAAUCUUUGCUGUCAUCAACUUGGGGCUGCUUGGAUUCAUCCUCCUUGCCAUCCACUUCAUUCCCAAACGUUCAAAUGCUGUCAAAGUAAUGGGGUGGAUUUGUGUUGCUGUUUCCAUCUCUGUUUUUGCAGCCCCUUUAAGCGUUUUGAGACAAGUAAUUAAAACCAAGAGCGUCGAGUUUUUGCCAUUUUCACUGUCCUUCUUCCUCACAUUGAGCGCCGUAAUGUGGUUUGCUUAUGGUGUUUUCUUGAAAGACAUGUGCAUAGCUAUUCCAAAUGUGGUGGGCUUCAUAUUGGGGCUGCUUCAGAUGCUGCUCUACGCAGUUUACAGAAAGCGGAAAAUAAUGGAAGAGAAGCUGCCAGAACAAGUAAAAAGCAUAGCAGUUGUCGCAGUGAGUGAAGCCCAACAGAAAUGACGCUGAAUUAAAGGAUGUUAUAUAGAUAUCGAGAAGAUCAUGAUUAUGUUAUGUUCUUCAUACUUUCUGCAGCCAAUGUUUUAGUUUUAUUGUGGUAUAGAGUUUUAUUAAACAAAA